AUGUCAAAUUCAGUCUUAUCGGUUAUUUCGCGGUUUCUUGAGGAGUACACCACCACGACCCCCAACAGGCUGAAGGUGGUGGAUGCAUACUUGCUGUACAUCCUGUUAACCGGAGCGCUGCAGUUUCUCUACUGUCUGCUGGUCGGCACAUUCCCAUUCAAUAGUUUUCUCUCUGGGUUCAUCUCGUGCGUGGGAUGUUUCAUUUUGGCAGUGUGUCUCAGGAUCCAGAUCAAUCCACAGAACAAAGGAGACUUCCUCUUACUGAAUUGCAGAGAGCCAGAAGAGGGAUCCCUCUGA